CUUCACUCAGUUGUAUUUUUAAUUUUAUUCCCGGAUGCCCGGAUUGGUACUUACGGAAAUGGUUAAUUUAUAAAGAACUGAACAGAACAGAACAACACAACUCGGUGUAUAAUUAGGGUUGUUCCCAUGAUAUCGCUGAACUGGUUGUUUUGUUUACAAUUAAAAUUCCUUUGUUGGUGUUAUGUAAGGCUGAAAAAGUGGUAAACAUUGGUACAGAAAACUAGUGGAAAUUUGGAAAUUAAACUAUUAGUGCAAGGUCCACUGAAAAUUUACCAAAAUCUGAAAACAUCCUGAAGGUUCAAAAAAAUGUCUUCCACAGUAACAACAGAACAAUUCUCCUUGAGAUGGAACAACUUUCAUUCAAACAUAACAUCAGGCUUCCACGAAUUACUCCAACUAGCCGAAAUGGUAGAUGUCACCCUGGCUGUAGAUGGACAUUUUUUACAAGCCCACAAAGUAGUUUUGUCUAUUUGCAGCCCUUAUUUUAAACAAAUGUUCAAAGAAAACCCUUGCAAACAUCCUAUAGUGAUUUUGAAAGAUGUCGGACAUGAAAAUAUGAAGGAUAUUUUACAGUUUAUGUACAUGGGAGAAGUUAGUGUGCUUAGAGAGAAUUUGUCUUCGUUUUUGAGAACUGCUGAAGUUUUACAGGUCAAGGGAUUGACUGGAGAGGAUUCGAAUGAAGAACCAUGUCCACCAAAAAAAGAUGAAAUCCCAGAAGACGACAAUGAAAUUUACAAUCAACUCAUAGAAACUACAACUGACGAUUUAUCCUAUCCUGAAAACACACCUCCUCCUCCUCAAACAUCUCCCCUACCCCUGAACUGUUCAAAAAAACACUCGAAAUUACUAUCACCAUCAAAUCCAAAAAAAAUGAAAACUGAAUCCAGUGAUAUACCAAAGCCUAUAGACUAUAAAAGCUGUGAUUUUAAUACCAAUACUCUAGCAAGAGGAGACAAUAAUGACAAUGAUGAAGCCAAAGAUUAUUCUAAGAGUGGUGCAAGUGCAUGGACCAGUCAAUCACAGAUGGAAUUGCCUAGUGGAAGUUGUAAUUUGGAACAAAGUAAUACAGAACAAGAUUCUACCCUCUAUCCAACGGACGCCAAAGGCCACGUGUUCUGUCCGUAUUGCUGUAGAAAAUUCGUCAACCGCUACAACCUGAAAGUCCACAUCCGCGACAAGCACGAAUCGAAAUCUACAGAUUUGGAUUGUCAAGUGUGCGGCAAAACUAUGAGGAACCAGAGCUGCCUACGAGUCCAUCUUUAUCAUCAUCGCAAACAGCAAAUGGAAGCUGCAGGCAUCGUUGGUAAUGUUAGUUAAUUAUGUUUGUUUUGUGUUUUUAGGAAAUUUUAAAUUGCUCAUAUAUAGCUAUAGUUUUAAUUGUUAAAUAUAAUGCCUCGUGAUAUUUAUAUUUUGUUAUACAAAUAUGGUUAGUGAUAGUGAAUGUUCAAUUCCUAAUCUUGUUAUAUACGUUGUAGUAAUUAAUGCCAGUUGAUCAAAAUUAAAAUUAUUGUAUGUAGGAAUGGGUAUUUAGUGACAAAAGUGUAUUGUUUUAUUUGAGAGGAUAUGUGGCCAUGAUUCAAUUAUUAAAAUACCACACAACUCUGGAAGCUCAUUAUAACUGUGUGGUACUUUAUAUUAAUUGAUUUGUAACAUAUUUCCCCUCCAAGUGGAUUUUAGUAUAGAUAUUUUUUGUUGAGUUCAAAUUUUAAUUACAUAUUAUAUUAUAUUUAUUUUAGGCUAUUGUUGUUAUAAAGUGAUAUAUAUAGGGUGUACCAUUUAAAACGAAGCAGGCUAAAUAUCUAAUGCCUCGUUUAUUUUUUUUUUUAAAUCACUCGUACAGGUAAUUUGAUUUUCAAAGGGGGAAGUUUGCCGCAAUCAUUUUUAGCACAUCAAUAUGACUAUAACUUUCUUUCAAAACAGGUAUCAUUCGACCCCCUGUUCCAUUUGGAAUGGUAAGGAUUCGUCCCAUCCACUCAAUCAAAUUACAUGUACGAGCGAUUUUUCAAAAAAUAAAAGUGUCAUCAGAUAUUUAGCCUGUUUGUUUCGUUUUGAAUGGUAUACCCUGUAUAUAUAUAGUUGGUAUGUUUUCAAUUGAAUACAAAAUUUACUUUACUCUUAUAUAGGGCAGGCUUGAGUAUUUGUUAAUACUAAUAAAUUGGCAGCUUUGCCUAUUUUGAUCCUAAAUUUUUUUGUUAUUCUAUUGUAAAUUGAAUGUCACUCGAAUAGAAUUAGGUGAAAAAUUAGGUACAUUUUUAAAUAUAGCAAUGAAAAAAAUGCUCAAUUUUUUUGUUAUACAGAUUAAUAUUCUGUUUUUAUGUAAUUUAUUUAUUGUAUGUUUAUGUUAUAUUGUUUAUAAGUUAUCUUGUUAAUUAUUGGGAACGUUUUAAUAAAUUUAUUAAAUAAAUUUUGUUCACAUUCUAAUUUUUACCAAAAUUAUGGUGUCUCUUAGUUUUCUGACAUGCAGAAAUCGAUUCAUAGCUUCC